UCAAGUGUGAACAACUAAGUGAGCUACUUUCAAACUGAGAUCACCGUUUGGGAGCCAAAACACUUUUGUUUUGUUAAUAGCUGAUUUUUGGGUGACCUUAAAAUGACAACUUCCGUCACGCGCACCAUCCCCAAGGAGAAGGAGACGAAAAUUAUCAAACGGGAGCGAGAAUAUGACUACUUGUAUGAACCAGUUUACAUUGUGUCAUCAGAGGUCGACCAUGCCAGAUCCAGUUUUAAGAGUUUUAAGCAACGAGUUAAAAAAUUACCAGAGUUUGAUACCAUCUUCAGCAACGAGAGGGUCACUUUCCGACUGGAACCGACCGGUGACCCGUUGCCGGCAUCUGUCGACCGUCGCUGGCGUGGCCACACAGAACAACGCCAGCAGGCCCUCCAGCAACUGGCAGGGGUGAUCCCAAACGUUCAGCCCUUGAUGAAAAGGGAGGUGUGCCAGUUGACUGGAGCUGAUCGCUGGAAAUACUUUAAAAGGCCUCUUCCAUAUGUGCAACAGAUUCCCUUGGAUAUGAAUCGUGAUCAAGAAGAGUUUGAAGCUAGAGGUAGAUUUCAUACUGAGGAGCUCCCCACCCACUUCACAGUGGCGGUCCAGACAGACUACAGGGAGAAUGAAGCACAGACGGACCCCUACACCCCUGAGUAUUUGAUACGGUCUGGCACCUCCCCUUCAGAGCUGCUGACGUUGGCGUCUUUCACCUGGGAGCGGGGUCUGCCGGCAAGUAUAGAAGAAGUGGAAAUGAUCGAGCGAGCGCGUUCUAGGCGGGUCUAUGAGGCGGCUCUUCCCGCGCUUCAGGACUUCGAUCAGCUGCGUAAAAGGAGGCGUAUGAUGGAGGAAAUGGAAGCCAGAGAGUGGGCUUUUAGAGAAGGGAAAAUCCAGAAGUUGCAGGACGCUCGUCUGUUUGUGCUGGGGGAGAUGUUGCAGCAGAGGGCCACCGCCCAGGUGGCCUUCACCACACAGAGACUCAACAACAUCUACUCUAAACUCCUCAAAGAGAAGGAGACCAAGCUUCACAAAGUCGACAAGGCCCACACGAGAUCGAUGCGGAAGCUGGAGGCCAAGAGGAGGAACAUGGAGGAGGUUAUCAAGGAGCUUGGCACCUGUAAAGACUACAACGUUCACACGUCUUUGACCAGUGCAUCGCGAGCCUGCGGGGACAACGUCAAGAAAACCCUAAGUUAUGACUUCAAACCGCUGGAGACUUAUGGAGGCUUGUUAAAUCAAGUGCACAGACCCCUUGACCUUCUCCUCAAGCAGCAAAAAAUGUACACUAAAACCAAAGUCAACACGAGCAAGGUUGUAAUCAAGCCCCCUGAGAGCAGAAGAAGCUUGCUGUUGCACAAGUACAAGGACCUGAAGGACGAGCUUGCUAAAUUUCUCGUCAAGAAGGAAAAACCUGCCCCUCGUCCUGUCACUCCCACCGUGGAGGAGCCCCCAGAGGGCGAGGAGGAGAAGGAGCUAGCAGUCAUCCAGCUGCAGAAACUACUGAGAGGAAGAAGCAUCCAAACUGAGAUAUUUAACAGCAAAGAGAACCACCUGGACCUCAUCAAGGAACUGAGGACCACCCACGCCCUGAGAGCGAAGGAACAACGGCUGCAGGAGGCCGACAAAGAACAUGUCAUGGCCCUCAAAGAGAAGAGAGACACACUGCAACUCGAGAGGUCACGUGAGGAAGCUAUUCAUGCCGCAGCUGUGGGCGGCGAGCUGGAGUACGUCUUCGACACCUUGUCCAAGGAGCUGAUUCGUCUCCAGGAGGAGCGCCGCAUCCACGCAUUCACCCUGUUGGCCGAGAGGGAGCGUCUGCGCAGGGAGGCAGAGGAGAGUGGGAGGAGGCAGGUCGAGGAGCGCCAACGCAAGGAGGACGAUGAGAUCUUCAAACAAGUGGUGCAGGUCCACCAGGAAACAGUGGACUUGUACUUUGAGGACGUCAUCUUGGAGACCAUGGAGAUAACAGCAGACCAGCAGGCUCGAGAGGAGAUCCGCAGGGUGGCCAAGGAGGUCAACGAUAUCGCUUACGCCAUCGAGGAGAGCCGCAACAACCUUCAGUCAGAGGAGAUCGUGUCAGAAUUGGUGUACAACUUCCUUAUCCCAGAAGUGGAGAAGAUCAACGUCAGGCAGAGAGUGCACGAGAGGCAGCGCAGACACCUGUUGGCGGUCCGCAGCAUCGUGGAGGGGAUGCCGGAGCCGCAGAUCCAGUCGAGCACUAUGGGGACACCGCAGGUGAUCCGCCCCUCUGAAGUGGCGGCCCAGAAAGCCCUGGACCAGAUGCUCAACCUGGAUCAGAGCGAGGACAUGUCCAAAUAGCGUAUACCUUAAACUCUAAUCCCUCUCUAUGGCCGGCGGUUAUUAGCUUCUUGCAGUUCCUACUCUUCUCAUGACGAAACCGGGGUUUUACACCGUCCCCCCAUUUGCGCACCAAUGCGUGUUAUACGUCAUCGGAGAGCUUAUUUAGCAGAGAUUUGAUCGACAUACACUCCUGAUCAAAAUUUUAAGACCAGUUGAAAAUGAGUUCAAAAAAGGACUCAGUAAUGAGUAGCUGCACCAUUCUUGAUAAUCACCUGAAAAAUAUAUUUGGGCAUUCUUGAUGCCAGUGUUUCCAGGAGGCUAGUGGGAAUGUUGCUCCAGGUGGUGAAGAUGUCUUCAUGGAGGACAUCCACUGUCUGGACUGAUGUCCAUUUUUGUAAAACUUGCCUUGCCAUCCAUCCCCAAAUGUUGUCAAUUGGAUUUCGUUUACGAAAACACGCAGGAUGGCCCUAAAGAGUGACGUUCUUCCUCUGGAAGAAGUCCUUUGUCAGGCGGGCGUUGUGAACUGCAGUGUUGUCCUGUUGAAAAAGCCAGUCUUUACCACACAGACGAGGGCCUUCAGUCAUGAGGGAUGCCCCCUGCAACAUCUCCACAUACCCAUGUGCCGUUUGACGCCCCUGCACAACCUGAAGCUCCAUUGUUCCAUUGAACAAAAAAGCACCCCAGAUCAUGAUGGUGCUCCCUCCACUGUGCCGUGUGGAAAACAUCUUGGGUGGGAUCUCCUUGUCAUGCCAGUAACGUUGGAACCCAUCAGGACUGUCAAGGUUACAGUUUUUCUCAUCAGGGAAUAAAACUUUCUUUCACCUUUCAAUGUCCCGUGUUUGGUGCUCUCGCGCAAAUUCCAAACGAGCUGUUUUGUGGCGUUGAAGAAGACGUUUUUAUGCUUCAUAUCCUUCUCUCGCAGUUCAUGUAUUACGUCCAGUUAGCAUUUGCUAGCAAACAUUGCAGAUAUACGAGAAAUGAAAAUGAUUAUGCAAAAGAUAAUGCAGCUGAAAUCAAGGCAACAUAUUUCAAGGUUUCAGCAAUGGGCACAUUUUCCACUUAAUCAUCAAAUAAUAUUUAAUAGGCAAAAGUGUAAAAAAAACACAUUUCCAUAGCAGAGUUCAGGAACGUGAAGCAAAGCCAUCAAAUUCACUUUUUUCUCCAUAACUAGCCGCUACAAAUGAACGGAUAACUUUUGUUACGAUAUAGGCAUCUUACCGCUGAGUUAGUUUAUCCGUAAGCAGAAGAAUAAUGAUGAAAGUUGCAUCUCUUGUGUGGAGCUUCUGUUCACCCCUUAAUCUUUGCUGCUGGGGAGCACAAGCGAAUCAGGAGGGGCGCUUAAUGUCAGCUGACUGAUGUCAUAUGACUUCUACAACGAAAUGGGCUUCCAGGCUGUGCUAUAAAUUGAUGAACAACCAUGUCACUUUCAUUGUUUGCAAUAAACUGCUUACUCGAAACAUUUUUGUGUCAACCCCAUUUCUUUUUUUUGCAUUUAGAAGCUCUACGGAGAACCUCCUUAAGAUCCAACAGUGCAAAAUGUAAGUUCUUGCAAUUUCUCAACUGGUCUUAACAUUUUGAUCAGUGGUAUCCGCCAUUCCAGGAUACAACUGUAACUGCAGGAUCCAUGAACACAACUGUUAGACUAGUCGCGAACAAAAACAUGACUGAAACUCACCUUCGAAGCCUCACAGUAUUCCAGAUGCAUAACAACAAAUAAGUUGCUGUUAUGUUGGCAUUGAUAAUGAUCCAGUGAACAACAGACUUACAGCCAUCAAGACACUAUCGUAAAUUUGGUUAGCAUGGACGCAUUAGCCACUUAACGCGACCUGAUGGUCUUUGAACUGUGAACUUUUGAUUGGCACUCCACUCGAACCAAUAAAAAAACUUCAACCCACCUGCUGUGGCACAAUGGCCAAUGACAUUCUGUGCA